CUGCAGGGUCGCGAUAGUUACAUUACUGCAUGCCAUCGAGUAGUGGAAACCACUCGACGUCUAGCAGAUCUGCUUUCGGAUAUCGACGGAAUCACAUUGAGAGGGGCAGCUGAUCUAUGCAUUGUAGCGUUUGAAACUACUCUUGGCGACAUCUAUGUUCUGGUCGAUUUCAUGACUACUAAAGGUUGGCAUGUCGAUCCACUUUUGUCUCCUGAGGCAGCUCGUGUGCCGGUUACUUUGAGAAUGUGUGAAGAAGGUGUACUUGAAGCUUUUGUUGAAGAUGUCAUUGAAGGCCUUCGCUACCUCGGCGAAAACCCUACCAAAACAACAAAGACCUCGGCGUUCUAUCACAUGUUGCAAACGGUAGCGGAUCGUUGUCUUGUGGAUGAGCUAUCCUUGAUUCGACUGCAGGCGCACUAUAGUAUUCCACCCCCACUGGACCGCGAGCAUCGUUCAGUACGUGCGCUGAGCGAAUACGGCCGAAAAAUGAGCACAUUGGAGAGAGAUGGUUCGAAAUUGUCGUCAGAGAAGAUGCAGUAG